UUAUUGCUUUGUCGAGAAUUUAGGGUUCGCUCCGCGGUAUCUGCGCCGUAACCAAGUUGUAGAAGAGAUUUCUUUCCUUUCUUGUUCACGGAUUGCAGAGAGAUCGAAAGCCCUUAGCUCUUCUUCUAGGAACUGAGAAGCUUUGGUGUUUAUUCUAAAAUCAAUCAAAAUGCCAAAGGAGAGGAGGUCUCGAUCGAAGGAUCACCGAUGUCGUGCUUCGCCACUCCGGUCUACUUCCUCGUGUAGUGCAUCUCUCAAAGUUGUAGAGGAUGAUAAGAAAUGGGAAGAUGUUCGUUGCCCUGUGUGCAUGGAGCAUCCUCACAAUGCUGUUCUUCUUCAAUGUUCCUCACGCGAUCAGGGUUGUCAUGCAUUCAUGUGCGACACCAGUUACCGCCACUCCAACUGUCUCGAUUUGUAUCGAAAGUCAUUCUCGAACAAGUUGCCAGAGGAGGAGGACAAUGUGCAACUGCCGAUUGACAUAUUGUGCCCCCUCUGCCGUGGGCAUGUCACUGGUUGGACGGUGAUAGAGUCGGCUCGCAAGUAUAUGAAUGCUAGAUCUCGUAGCUGUUCUUUGGAAUCAUGUUCGUUUACUGGUGUUUACGGGGAGUUAAGGGAGCAUGCAAGGAAAGAGCAUCCAUCUGCACGACCAUCUGAGGCAGAUCCUGAACGUCAGCAAGAUUGGAGGAGGAUGGAACGACAGCGAGAUCUUGGAGACCUGUUCAGUAUGUUUCACUCACCUGUUACUAGAGAGCACCUCACUAACGAUGAGGAGGCGAUCGAUAGCUUUAUAGGGUUUUCUUCGAUUACCAUGGUUCUGGUUGUGCAUGUACAUCAACUUAGAGCAAAUAGUGGUGUGUCAACCUUGCCACCCUCUUCCAGAUCAAGAACCUCUUUUAGGCAGUCAUCCAGGGCUCAAAGGGCAAGAAGGGUGAUUCGAUGGGGCGAACCUCUUUUAAGCAAUGCAAGGGCUGUUGAGAGAGUUCCUUCGCCAGGUUACCAAGCAGGAUGGAUAGAGCCAUCUUCGAUUUCAGAUGACGACGACAAUGAAGAUGCAUCUUGAUGCUUAUAGUCGUGCUUGAAAUGACAGAACUCGCAUCUUGAUGCCUGUUCUUAUAAGAAUAGGUUCUUACUUCAGAUUUGUACCCAAAGAAGCUGCUGGUUCUAGCCCUCAGACGACAAACAAGAUGAGAAUGACUACCUAGUUACUGAUCAGUGGCAAUUGUGGUAAUUGCUUGAAUUCAGAUUCAAAGAUUUGAAUUGCAAUGUCAAUGUGAUUACAUCAAUGGAGAUGAAUGACUCCAAAUUCUUCAGAAUGAUCACAGAAUUCACGAGAUGGAUAUUUUGUUCAAUCAUGUGCAUGAAUAAUAAUUCCUUUUGCUCCAGAAAAUGUGUUAUCUUACAUUUGCAAGUUUUAGUAUGGUUGUCCUGUUCUUUCAAAUA